GUCAUUGCAACUCUGCGCCCUUUGCAUAAGGCUAGUUGUUGGGAAGAGGGAUUCCUACCCAAGUAAUCCCGCUUCUCUUUGUGCUUCAUUGUGCCACCAAAUGCCUGAGCUUUUAAGAAUAGCCUUAAAGUGAUGGCAUAUCAGUGGUUUAUUAUUUCGCCAUCACAUUUGCAUCAUUUCUCUAAAGCAUUGCCUAUUUAUGAGAUUCUGCGAUUGUGUGUUGGUGUUGAAAGGGGGUUUGGGGCAGGGGUCGUAGCAUAGGAUUAGGAGUUGGAGCUCCUGGGACCUUACCAGAUCUGUGCAGAAUGGGACAUGGUUUAUGGGGGCCCAUUUUCUCCUCUGUAACUAGAUUUUAAUGAUCCUGUGGCCAUUACAGAGACAUUGUGAAGUAGAACUCCUUUUCAGAUGCUACAAAAGUGUGAAUUCUUCUGGAAUACUUUUCUUUGCCGCCUUUUGCAGUAGGGGGAAUUAAAAGGACAUGAAAGUGAAGAAAAAGAAUGCAUUAAAUUCAAAUUAAUGAUCAGUCUAACCUAGGAUUGAUCAUCCAUAGUUGUUUUACAGAGAAGUAAGUGAUUGCUGUACCUAUAGUGUAGCCUAACUGGGUGGUAGAAGGGAAUGGAUUUAGGACAUGAAAAUGUGUUAAAUCUGCUAAAUAAACAGAUUAUGUGGUGCUUAACCACAUCGUCUCAUGUUCCUGGGAAAUUUUCUGUGUGUAGUUGAGGAUCAUAAAGAUGUUUCCUGAUCUGUACAUUUAAUCUUGUUUCUUAGAUAGGAGAUACUACAGCAAACAAGAUGGGUUUCAUCAUGUUAAAUUUACUAUGUAAUUUUAUUUGGAAAUAAGUUUUUUAACUUGCAAAAUGAGCUACUGAAUAUUAAGAUCAACUAGUGUGAACUGGCCCAGAGAGAUACCCCUUUCCUUCAUUCCCCAGCGCUACCCCAAGUUGUUCCAUAUUUGCACAUACAAUGAUUUUAUUUAUGAAUGCGCCUUAUCCAAGUUAGCAGCAAGCAAUAGAUUUCCACUCGUCUUGAGGAGAUGUAAUUUUCUGAAGGCAAAAUGGAAGGCAAAGGGGACAGGAGGGCAUUAUAUGCACGUGCCCGGCCUCCCUUGAACAGUUGCUGGCUCUGUUAUCGAUGCCCGAAUCUGAUCACGGCCAUCUUCACUUCACUGCACCAGGACAAGGACAGGGCACUGUGUUAGUGCUGGACCCAGAUCACCUCCUGGCUUUGGUCCAAAGCCUGUUUUUCCUGAGGAAUCUCGUGAAGAGAACACCAACCAUCUCGCUGCUGGCAGGGGACACUGCACUCCAUCUAGCUGCGGCUCUGAAUCACAGGAAGGUGGUUAAGCUGUUGCUGGAGGCAGGGGCUGAUGCAUCCGUGGUCAACAAUGCAGGUCAGACCCCUCUAGAGGUUGCCAGACAGCACAAUAACCCUGAGGUUGCUCUCCUCCUCACUAAAGCAUCACAGGUCUCACGCUUUAACCGUGGAAGAAGCCUGAGGAAGAAGAGAGAGAGGCUGAAGGAGGAAAGGCGAGCUCAGUCGGUACCACGGGAUGAAGUGGUACAGAGCAAGCAGGGCAGCGUCUCAGCUGCUGACGACACGCCAAGCAGUGACCGGCCACCGCAGAGGAAGAGUGAUCUGAAAGAUGAACCCCGGUCAACCUCACCAGAUCCCAAAGGGAAGAAGAGCAAAAAGAAAAAGCCAAAGGAAAAGGUUUCAGCACUCUCAGACCCCAUCUCCCCAGCUGAUCAGCAGACUCUCCCUCGGCCCCAGCAAAACGUGCCGAAGCGCAGAAGUAAACAUCACUGCACGUCUCCACCCCCUCCCCACGAGGUCCGAGCCUACCAGCUCUACACGCUCUAUCGAGGAAAGGAUGGGAAGGUGAUGCAGGCACCAAUAAAUGGAUGUCGUUGUGAGCCCCUGAUAAAUAAACUGGAGAAUCAGCUGGAAGCAACAGUAGAAGAGAUGAAAGCUGAGUUUGGGACAGUACAAGAUAAGAUGAAUGUUAAGCUGGGCCAGAUGGAAAGCAAAACUCAACAUCAACUCCGUGUUUUAGACAAGCUUAUGGCUGAGCGGCUGUCCGCAGAGAGAACAGAGUGCCUUCACCGCCUGCAACAGCACACUGAGCUGGAAAAGACUGAGGGGGAGAAACGGCAGAUUUCCUUGGUCGAUGAGCUGAAGACUUGGUGCAUGUUGAAAAUUCAGAAUCUGGAGCUCAAGCUUUCUGGAGAUUCCAGGUCAUCAAGACCAAAAUCAACUUUGUCCACUUGUGAGUCUCUCACUGAGACCCUGGAUACUGAGAACAACCCCCACAGUGCCAAGGACUGUAAAGCCAACCAGCCUCUGCUGCAGUCAGAGGGCUCCCACCAGCAUUCCUAUAUCAUGCUCCCAAAUAACCUCUCGGAAGACGGGGGAAGGAGCAGAGUCCAGGUGCCAGAACAGAGCUUUGGGCAACAGUUUUGCAUUCAGCAAGAUGGUGCAUCAGGUACCACCUUGUCAGGUACAGAGCAACAGUUAAUCGUUGGUGGACCAGUUUCUUCUGCCCCUGCUCAAGAUGUCAGGCCAAAAGACAAAGCUGUUAGUGCCAGCACGUUCCACCGGUUCCAGCAGGAGCUGCCCUCCUCUGAGCUUUCAGGCUCGAAAUUAAGACAUGUUAAAGUUCAAGCUGCUUUGCAGCCCUUGACUGAACCUGUGAAGACUGAACCACAGAGCAGCUACUUCAUCGACAAAGGAACUCAGACAAAGAAGUCCGGCAAGAGCGGGCAGGCAAGGCACAAAGCUCUGCACCAUGCCGGGACACAUCCGAGCCAGGAACAGCAGCCCCCCACCUUGCCCGCGGGACAGCCGCCUGCCCCUCCGCUCAGAGACACCUCCCAGGCCCUGGAGAUAACACAGUACUUCUUCGAGGCUGUCUCCACACAGAUGGAGAAGUGGUACGAACGGAAGAUAGAAGAAGCCCGGUGCCAAGCUAAUCAGAAAGCGCAGCAAGACAAAGCCGCGCUCAAGGAACACAUUAAAAGCUUAGAAGAGGAGCUCAGCAAAUUAAGGACUAAGGUGCAGAAAGAGAGCUAGCAUCUACCAAGGAGGUGAAGACAAGCAAUGGGACUCAUUUUGGAACCUGCUGUACAGGAAUCUGGAAUACUGAUACAUACAUUUGUAGUGCCUGUUACAUCCAAACAAAAUGCUCUUUUUCAGGAGUAGAAAUAACUUUGGAAACUCCAGAACCAAGGAGAAUUCAUAUGCAGACCAUACUGAUGACAAAGAGAUGCUGCAGAUUAGAUCCUUUCUUUGUUAUUUCCCAGAGUCCGUUAAAUAUUGUACUCUCAAUUUUCAGGUGCUGCUUGAAAACAAACUGCAUUAGAAACCAAAAUUGCUUUCUGAAAAGGGAAUUUCCUUAUUUCCACACAGGUCAUGUGUGGCUAGAGGGUUCCACUGUAUGCUACAUGUAAACACGUGGCGAUACCAAUACUCAGACAAAUCCAGGAUGUUUGAGAGCUUUUGACAGAAAUUCCUUAGUGAUGAAGGGCUAUUGAUACUAUUUUAGAUACCCCCCAUGGCCUCCCUCUAGUCAGUGGAGAGGAGCUACAGACCCAACUCAAACUACAAGCCCGUGUAGGUGCCAGGGGCAGGCUGCCUGCUGGGAGAGGCCAGGCGCCCACGCAGUGAGAUGCUAAGAUGAGUCAUCCCAUUAGGUACGGAGGCUGCGGUCGCCACUUUGCUCGUCUUUCGGUUUUAUGUUAUUAAAACAAACGCUAAAUUAGAUUUGUCUUGGUUUUAAUGGUGUCGUGGUUGCAAAGCUCCUUGUGGUUACACAGUUGUUGGGGCCAUACUUGAGUAAUCUGCCUGAAAAGUUCUGUUUAGGGCACGGAUGGCAAAUAUUUUACCAUAACCAUGCUCUGCUUGUUAGGUGUAAUUUUUACAUAAAUCUCUUUUCCUUCAAGCAGCAAAUGGCUGAAUUCUCUACUACUGAAAUCCUUUAUCUAAAGAAGUGAAAGCUUGGUUCCCUGUAGUCAGAUGUUUCUUUUUCUGCAGAGGGAGGAUUUUCUUCCAGACACCUUGUCCAGACUGUCUUCCUUUCUUCCCGAGUGAUUCCCCUCUGGUUUUCCCUUGUAUCUCUAAAAAGAGAGGCCGGGCUCUGGUGAGUCUUUAGGUCUUAGGAUGGGUUUCACAAGCAGUCCCACAAAAUAGAACUCAGCAACAUUUUAAAGUUUUUAUGGAUCUGUGUUUGUUAUAAAAUCAAAACUUCCAAGGACCAAUGUCAUUGUCCAGGCUGACAGACUCCAAAUCAACUAGAAGCACCGUAACUUGUUUCAUCUGCUCCCCUUUAGGGUUUCCUCCUCAACCUCUAAGAAGGCUCCAUCGGGUUCUGUUAGAAAAGUAAGUUUACUUAACAGAUUGUGAUGGAACAAUUGUUCAAAACCAAUUCAAUCACAGGAUAGUACUGUUAUGCCAAGGAGAAAGAGAUUUUUAUCCUGUACUGAGGAGCCCUAAAAUCAAUACAAAAUACUUCACAGUACUGAAGACACCAUUGACUAAUUAGUAAUUAAGCUUUCAUCUUCUUAGCUGAUGUAUAAAGCGAAGAAAAUUGUAUUAUAUAACAAUAUUUUUAAAGUUCCUAUCAAUGCACUAUCAAGACAAGAAAAGUAUAUCCGCAGUUAUGGAAAUACUAGUUUUAUCGCUCUGACUUCUGUAGUCUAAUAUAGACACUUUCAUAUGUUUACAGUUUUGUUUAAGCUACUGUAGGAAUGCAGAAGCAUGCCAUUUAAGUUUUGUAUCAUCUUGAUCAAGUGAAUGUUUUGCCAAGCAAUUAAAAUAAGCGUUGCUCAGAAGUGA